CUGCGAGUCAGUUUGUCUUCGGACGGUGAGGCGGGAAGAGGUGUCGGCGCUCGCUGGAUCCACUUGGCACAUGCCAGACGUCGUCUCGCAGCCGCAGCCAGCCGGUGGUGAUUAGAGCUCUUGUUUUCGAAGUGUCAGAUUAAAGUACCGAUGUGACAAUCGUCCCGCGGGCGACGAUGAUGAUGAUGAUGACGAGAAAGUUAUGCCUCGUCGAGGCGAACACUGAGGGUUGUUAACAUGACCAGGAAACGGUUGUUAUUGUGCUAUCUCUAUGUUAUCAGCAGCAGACUCGCCAUGAUAGCAAUACCAUUAGCCGAAAGAUAUCUCGAGGCUCUCUGAAAUCAGCAGUCGCGAAAGGAAAAUACGGAUGCUUCAUUAAAAAGGGGGGCGGUGAAAGCCCAUAGCAAUAAAUCCCAGCGAGAUGAUGUUUCUAGGAACUUACUUUCUUCUCUUCCUACCCGGCCUACAAGCAAGCUGGGAUGAGUGGUGGACCUAUGACGGAAUAUCAGGUCCUGAUUUUUGGGGUCUGAUCAACCCCAACUGGAACAUGUGCGAAAGAGGUCGCAGACAGUCGCCAAUCAACAUAGAACCCAACAGAUUAGUGUACGACCCUCAUCUGCGGAAAGUCCACAUUGAUAAACAUAAGAUUUCGGGUUACCUCCACAACACGGGCCAGAGCGUGAUCUUCCGCGUGGAGAAGGCGAAACACCACGUCAACAACGGGCCCCUGGUCUACAAAUACCGCUUCGAGGAACUUUACGUCCACUUCGGAGCCGAGAACGAGAAGGGCUCCGAGCACCAGAUUAACGGGGCCACCUUCCCUGCUGAGCUCCAGAUGUACGGAUUCAACGCCGAACUGUACCGUAAUAUGAGCGAAGCACAGCAGGGAUCUAAUGGCAUAGUCGGUCUCUCUGUCAUGAUACAGAUCGGCCCCGACAGCAACAGGGAGCUGCACAACCUGGCCUCCGGAUUCGGCAAGGUGGUCUACAGAGGUCAGAAGUGGCCCAUCAACCACCUCUCGCUGGCCGGCCUCCUGCCGGAAACGGACCACUAUAUGACCUACGAUGGAUCCACCACUCACCCCGGGUGCUGGGAGACCACCACAUGGCUCAUCAUGAACAAGCCCAUCUACAUCACUCAUCAGGAGCUGUACCUGUUGAGGCAGUUGAUGCAGGGGGACCAGACGCUGCCAAAGGCCAAGAUGGCCAAUAACUACCGUCCGGUGAAGAACCUUCACCACCGUACUGUUAGAACCAACAUUGACUUUACCAACGCCCAUAAGAGUAAGGGAUGCACCAUGCACAGAGAGAUGUUCUAUGCAGCUCGUCAGUGGCCGAAACUAUAGCUAACAUCCGGUCUAUAGUUCUGAGUGAUAGCUGAACCUGGAUCCCUGGAGUGUGAGGACGAUCCAGAGAGCGACCGGAUAAAGGACUACAUAGAAAUAUAGAACACAAGUGCUACCAGUAUAUAUAUAUAUAUAUAUAUAUAUAUAUAUAUAUAUAUAUAUAUAUAUAUAUAUAUAUAUAUAAAAGAAAUUUAAAGGAACGGUCUUUCUACGAACAGAAAAUAUACAGUGGAUAUUUUUUUCGUCCGAGAGCAUUGGAUGAAAAGGAGAAAAUAUACAUGAUAAUAACUGAAUGGAGUUCUUCAGCUUUGAAUGGCAGAAAAUAUAAACACAGAAACACAAUAUCGUUGUUGAUGCUUUUUUUUUUAAAUAGAAUUGGUUGAAAAGGUGAUGAUUAGAUAUUACAAAGAAAGGACUCACCUUAGUAUCUGGGUUCUCACUCAGAAAUGCCAUUCAUACAAUGAAAUGCUAAUUAUACACUAACCCAAUUGAUUUUUUUUUAUCUGUCCAUUUACAUUAUGCCGAAGGUGGACCUAUAUAUAAUUCUGUACGAGUGGCUCUGUGAUUCAUAUGAAAGAGAUAUCACGUGUUGCGCUGAUAUAUUUCGACGAUAACUUGUCAAAAUUAAAUAGCUACGAUAAAAUGUGAUGUUUCUUGGGCUAUUGAAAGUGACGAUUUAGGGAAGAAAGCCAUUUAAUGACGCUGACACAAGCCCCUUUCUAUCUGAGUGAAGAUUGCAUGGCGUGACUUUUCUUUAGAAUUAUAAAGUUUUUUUUUUCGAUCAAUUUUUUUUUCAACUAGACGUGAGUGUUGCUGAAAAAAAAUCUCUUUUAAAAAAUCAGGAAAAAGGCUAUUUUUUUUUCGAAAUGCUUGCAAGUGCAACUUCUUGAUUGCGUAAAGCAUGAGUGAAAGAAAAUGAAAUAAUCGCUAGUGCACUCUAACUUAUAUAUGGCUAUUGGCGUUGUAUAUUGCAUAUUGCUAUGCAAAGGGGGAUACAUAUACGUGACAGCACACGCCUUCUCGACCACUGGAUACUCACACAGAGACCAAUUAUGCUGAAGCUUCGUAAAACAUAUACAAAAAAAAGUUCCACAUUUGCUUAUUUGAAAGGUUGUUGUUGUGUGUGCGUGUGUGGUGUGUGUGUGCUGGAGGGCUGAAAGGCCUACCUGAAAAUAGAAUUUGAUUUAAGAUGAUUUUUUUUUUCUCGCGUGCGUUUGUGUGUCGUGUGUCUUAGACUGAAACCCGUAUGAUAAUCCUUUUAUGCAAUCACAGUUUUCCUAUUGAAAAGUAAAGACAAAAGAGCAGUUUGUGGAAGAAGAAGAAGAAGAAGAAGAAGAAGAAGAAGAAGAAGAAGAAGAAGACGAAGAAGAAGAAGAAGAAGAAGUAGAAGAGGCAGUCAAACUCAUCGUGACGUGUGGACUCUGAUUUACGAGUUCUCUCUCCCGUGAAUCCCAGAAUGCAUUGUGAUAAACCAUUCUCAAGAAUGUCCUUGAGGAAUGGAAAUAAAAAAAAUAAACAUAAACACAGAUCUGUUGCAGCCAAGAGAUGUAUAAUAAUAAUAAUAAUAAUAAUAUAAUAAUAAUAAUAAUAAUAAUGACUAAUAAGAAUUAAUAAUAAUGAAUCGUUAAACCUUGAAACGUCCUGAAAUUAUAUGCUUCGUCAACUCCCAAAGUCUCUUAUCAUGAUCUGCAGGAAUAGUUAGUGGUUGGCAUUUGUCCAGAAUCCAGAGAGAGAACAACUUUAACCGGGUGUAUAUAGACAUAUAAAUAACAUGCGAUUUUCAGUGUAUAGAGUAAACAUAUAACUGUACAUAAAAGGCAUAUAUAUAUUGCUAUGAGUCUAUAUAUAUAUAUAAUAUAACUGUUCUAGUUGAAUAUUACUAUUGUAGGACUGACAGUUUCCAGCGCUGGAAUGAAAAUGCUGAGGCCUUCGAAAAAUGGGCUUUCUGGAAAUGCCCCUGUUCCUGGAGGUCAGUCGUAAGAUGACCCAAGGAUAUAUUAUCUGUCUUUUUUUUUUUAGAAGAAUGGAGGAUUACUUACACAAAACGAUAUUUGGAGGAAAAUACUUUACUCUCUCUCACUCUCUCUCUAUCCCUGUCUGUUUGUCUCUCUCUCUCUCUCUCUCUCUCUCUCUCUCUCUCUCUCUCUCUCACCUAACCUUAAUACGUCUCUAUUUGAGGUCCUUAUUUUUAUUGUUAUCAUUAUUCUUGCAAGAUGGUACCCAUUUCCAAAGCAAAUGAUACCAGUAACCUCCUCGUCUAGUAAUGCUUUUGACUCCAUUUCUAGUGUCCAAUAAAAGAUUCUUCUAAGACUCCCGAAGACUGAACUGAAGCAAAGAAAAUAGAAUAUUUCAAAGAAAAAUAUAUAUUAUCAAAUUAAAAUCUGUUUUUGUUCAUAACGUUUUGAAUUAAGUUAUAAUAUACAGAUAUGAAAAUAGAGAUAUAUUCCUCGUUUUCUUUCAGAAUUUGUUAUACAUUUAGAAAGAUGUAAAUAAUGCUUAUUGAUAUUCCAGUCAUGUUUCUGAUACAUGACAAGUUUUGACCAUGAGCCAGUCGUGAAAGUUAUUUGAAUUUGGAAAAAUUGUAAUAAUUCAAAAUAUGCCUAGCCAGUCAGUGAAUCCUGACGUGGAAAAUGAUACAAGUGUUAUCUUAAAAUGAUUUAUUUCUAAUUAUUAUUGAGAAGUUGCUGAGGCACCCCCAUAACUGAUACGUAGUUGGUUUGAAUAUAGCUGGAGAGUAUCCUUCAGAAUUAUGCAUUAUUCAUUUAAUCCAAGAUCCUUGAUAAAUAAGAUGGUCUGCUUAUUUUGUUUAUGCUGCAAAAUCAAGCUUCAAGAUAAAAUUCGUGAGAUAUAAAGCUUGAAGAAGGUUAUGUGUGAAAUGACAAAAUUGUUUGGAAGUUAUAUAUAUAAAUAUAAAAAAUACAUUUUAACUGUUUAACCGCUACUGCUGCUAUUACUACUACAACUACUACUCUACUACUGUUACUAUUACUACUACAGCAACAACUACCACUACUAUUCCUAAUCCCAUUUCAUUCAGUGUUUCCAUCCCAUGAUCGCAUCAUAAUGGUUCAAAAUUCCAGUUAACUAGAGUGUGUCGACAAAUUAUUAUUUUUGCAACCAAUAUAUAUAUAAUAAAUAUAUA